UCAACGGUUGCUCUUUAUAUUACUUUUACUUUACUUGUUACUAAUUGGCGUAUGCAUUAUCGCCAUGAGAUGAACGCGCAAGAAUCGAAAGCUAAUAGUUUUGCUGUCGACGGUAUGCUUAAUUAUGAAACCGUUAAAUAUUUCACCAAUGAAAAGUAUGAAUUAAAGCAAUACGAUGACACCCUAGAUCAAUGGGAAGGUGCAGCGGUUAAAAGUCAGGUGUCCAUGUCCUUAUUAAACUUUGGGCAGGGUGCAGUAAUUGCCGUUGGCGUAACCUUAAUGAUGAUUUACGCCGCGCAAGGUGUGGUUGAUGGCAACAUGACUCUAGGCGACUUGGUUUUAGUCAAUACCAUGAUGCUGCAAUUAUUUAUUCCGUUAAACUUUCUGGGCAUUAUUUAUCGUGCAUUAAAAUAUGCAUUAGCUGAUAUGGAUAUGAUGCUUAAGUUGUUAGACACAAAAAGAACCGUUAAAGACAAAGACGAUGCUAAAGCACUAAAUGUAACCGACGCCGUUGUUCGUUUUGAUAAUAUUAGUUUCGAUUACAGUAAUGAUAGAAAAAUACUUAAUGGUGUUAGCUUUGAAAUACCGCAUGGUAAUAAGGUUGCAGUCGUUGGUCCAUCAGGCGCAGGAAAGUCAACACUUGCAAGAUUGCUGUUUCGAUUUUACGAUGUUGACUCUGGUUCUAUAAGCAUUGGUCAGCAGAAUAUAAGCGAAGUUAGCCAAGCCAGCUUACGCGACAAUAUCGGUAUCGUGCCGCAAGACACCGUGCUGUUUAAUCAUUCAAUAGAACACAAUAUUC